UGAUCGCAUUCCAGAACUCUACGCCAUAUUACACUGUACAAGCCAUUGCCACCAGACUAUUUAAAAAAUGGCGGCGCCCACGUUGGAAAUAAAAACGCUCGGUCUCGGUCUCCGACUGUCAUCGAAAGGAGCCUCUAAUCGGCUGACAAAUAGGUCGUUGCGCAUUCUAUUCACCAGAGCUUCCAGAUGUAAAACGACAAGCACAAUGUUAAGGCCAAGGUUGUCUAAGGAUUCCAGUGCAUGGGAGAGUGUGAUAGGUCUGGAGCUUCAUGCACAGAUUGCGUCCAAAUCCAAACUCUUCUCUGCAUCUAAAGUACAAUUCAUGGCUCCGCCUAACUCUCUGGUGUCACACUUUGAUGCUGCUCUGCCAGGCACACUUCCAGUUCUGAAUAAACGUUGUGUGGAGGCUGGAGUGAUAACAGCAAUAGCUCUGUCAUGUCACAUCAAUAAACGCUCGCUGUUUGACCGCAAACACUACUUCUAUGCAGACUUACCGUCUGGAUAUCAGAUCACCCAGCAGCGGGUUCCCAUAGCAACAGAUGGUCAGCUGACCUUUACAUUAUUUGAUGAGAAGCGGAGGCAUGAUCCAACGAGGCACCGAGUCAGAAUCAAGCAGAUCCAACUGGAGCAGGAUUCUGGGAAGAGUCUCCAUGACGAUGUCAAUCAUGAGACACUGGUGGAUCUCAAUCGAGCAGGUGUUGGUUUAAUGGAGAUAGUGACUGAACCAGACCUAUCUAGCGCCCUCGAGGCUGCAGCAAUGGUCAGGGAAUUGCAACUCAUUCUGCAGUGCAUUGGAACCUGUGAUGGACGCAUGGAUCAGGGUUCCCUUCGUGUUGAUGCUAACGUCUCAGUGAAUCGGCCAGGUGACCCACCAGGCGUCCGGGCAGAAAUCAAGAACAUUAACAGCAUUCGCUUUGUUAAAAAUGCCAUCGAUUUUGAAAUUGCCAGACAGACCGAGCUUCUUGAGAAUGGAAUGGAAGUCAGUGCCGAAACACGCUCUUAUGAUCUAAAACUUGGAGAGACGGUCCCCAUGCGUGACAAGGAAGGCAAGCAAGAUUAUCGCUUCAUGCCAGAACCAAACCUUCCACCACUCAUCCUCUAUGACAACGCAACCAUUCACACUGCGUCCGAUGCUAGAAGUGUCGUGAAUAUUGAUGAGGUCAGAGGGCGUUUGCCUGAGUUGCCUGAGGCCAAGAGACAGAGACUAGUCAAGGAUUAUGGGAUACGGCUGGACAGUGCAGUCAAGCUUGUUAAUGAGGAUGGUUUGGUUAAUUUCUUUGAGGCUGUGAUCAGUGAGGAUCGUGAGAGAGAUCCCAAGAAGGUAGUCAACUGGCUUGAGACGGAGCUCCUGAAGAGUUUGAAUGACCAUGAUCUUCCUGUGUUUAAGAGCCCUAUGGAUCCCACUAAGCUGGGUGAGCUUCAUGAUCUCAUGACUAAGGGGGCCAUCUCAGCUAACAUCGGCAAGAAACUCAUGGCUGAAAUAUUUCAGGGUGACUCCAGACCAAUCACCCAGAUCAUAAAUGAGAAAGGCUGGGCCCAGAUUACUGAUCGACAGGAAUUGAACCAACUGUGUGAGCAAGUCUUGAAAAAGGACCAGGCUUUGGUGGAUUCCUAUAAAUCUGGAAAUACCAGGGUGAUUAACCGUCUAAUGGGAGAAGUACAGAAGAUGACACAGGGCAGAGCAGAUCCUGUCAUUACAAGGGACAUACUCACUGACAAAAUGACAAGGUAACAGUCACUCUUGUUACACUCAGAACUAUUACAAGUUGAGUUGGAUAUAAUUAAUUUCUUGAGCUGAGAUGUGAUGUUAUAAAUGCUUUGAACUGUUCAUCGAACUGACUGUUAACUUCACAAAGUUGCACUCGAAGUUGGAACUUCAAAUCUGUGGCAAGUAGGUUGUCUUCUGGAUGUGCUUCAAAAUGUGUAAUUGUUGAGGUGGGAAUGUUACAAAUGCUUUGAAAUGUUCUUUGAACGGACUGUGAACUUCGCAAAACUCGGACUUGCAACUUCAAAUCUGUGGCAGGUAGUUGAUCUCCUGGACAUGCUUCAAAAUCUUCUCAGAUUAUUACAAUCGCUGAUAGUGUAUCAAGCUGAACAUGUUUUGCUUCAUGGUGUCAUGCCGGCCAGUAAAGAUGAACAAACUACAGUAUAAGCUGGAA